AUGAUUAUACGGGUGGUGGCGGCGGUGUUGGCCUUGGUCCUGUCGGUUCAUGGGGCCUGCGUCUGCCCUUCAAACAUCAACAAAUAUUCUCAGACAUAUCAAAUCGCCACCCCGUUCGAUCCGGAUCAGGGUUAUGCUGAUUGUGUCCCUGACGCAAUGUACUGCACGUACACGAUUCAAACCGGCAACGGUUCGGUCGGACUGGGGAACUUCGGCGUCCAGUCCUUCGUUGAUCCUAGUAGGGUGCUGGCGGUGACCUUGCAAGAUGGCAGCUUUAACAACUUUACGCUAACCGUGGAUAAUUUCAAGCAGAUGAACGCCACUUUGAACGUUUAUCCUCCGAUUACCGCGACAACGACGGUCCACAUGACCUGGACGGCUAAGGUGACAACAGCGAGUGCUACUAUCUAUGGAUACCCGAAGGUGGUUUCGCAACCUGUGGUCACUACGACGGCGACACCAAUGCCAACACCGGUCACCGUCAGUGGAGCGCCAAGCCCUGCCAAGCUUCUAGGUCUCGAUUUGGCCAUCGUGCUCGACACAUACUCAGUCGACCCGCUGGUCUUCACGACGAUGAAGAACGUGAUCACGAGUGCCGUCUCAAAGCUUACAGUUUUUACGGACUAUGCCGUGCCGUACGGGGUUAGGCUCGUGCUGCAGACAAUGGCGCAGACAAACCGACCAAACAAUUUCGGAGACCCUUGGCAUAUUGAUUUCGACUAUUUCGUUGAACAAAUCGCUGUAUUCAGGCCAUCUGGAACGCAGUCUGUUUGGCAAGGGCCCCUAUCGGCUGGUCUCGACGACGAUAACGCGUUUUUCAAGACCGGCGUUCUCGAAUCAUCAUCACGAGACAAUGUACAGCGAACGUACGCUAUCUUCACGCAGGGCGCGCCAUCGGACAUCGAUAAAAUCGGGGAUUUCAUUGCCAAACUAAAGGACGUUGACGUGCACAUGGUUGUCUUUGACUUCGGCUCAAGUCCGGACUCUAAAUUACAACAAUUCACAACCACCUAUAAGAACUUUGACUACAUUGCGUACAACCCGGAUUCCCCAGAUGACUUCUUCCAAAAAUAUUUGCUGACCAAUGACGCCAGCAAGAACUUUGGUUGUUCAAAUGCGAAUGGGGGUAGUGAGAACAAAGUCAUUCCCGCGGAUGGUUCGCUGUCUUACCAAUGGCCACCGCUUUACACCCCGGGAACCGCGCGGUAUUGCAACAAUCAGGCCUCCACUCUGCUUCUACAAGCCGCUGGGAAGAAGGCUAUCUGCAUCACAAUUACUGAACCAUAUGAGCUUGAGCCGGAGAAAGACUAUGUAAGGUUCUUCGAUGGAAGUGGCAAUCUACGUGCCAGUCUCACUGGAAUGGGUAUCGCCGGAUCGAAGUUCCAACUUAAAGGCGCAACGGCAACGGUCACAUUCACUACCAACGAAUACAAUGUGUUCCACGGGAUCAAAUUCACCGCCGCGUCGACUGACGAGGACAAUUGUCCCUCGGCU